CCUGAGUGCUGGCCCAACUGAGAGGGGCAGGGAGCAGGUGGUGCCUGGUACCAGUCUUGCUCCAUCUGUUUUUGAGGUCUCACAGCCCCAGUAUGAGUCCAUCAGCAAAGAAGAGGCCCAAGAAUAGAAUGGUUUCCAAGAUACAAGAUGAAGAACCACAGGACAAGAUACCACAACCUGUCAGCAAAGUAAUCGGCCGGAACCGACUUAAGAUGGUAUUAAAAAACUUGUCGCUCUUGAAGCUGCUCAAGAGCUCGAACCCCCGGAUCCAAGAACUGCAUAACCUGGCCAAAAGGUGUUGGAAUUCACUGCUCAGAGUUCCAAAGAUCCUUGGGAUCUCCACUGGGAGCAGCAAUGUCUGCGAUAGAGUGGAACGAGGUAACGAAGAGCUCCAAGAUGCUGGGUGCCCCAAGAACAUCCUGGAAUCCAAGAAAUUCGAGUCCACGGGGGAGCCCACGGUGGGGAUGGAGGAGAAGAACAAGGCCCAGCAGUCACCCAAAGCAGCGUGCCAGAGCAAGGCGCAGGUGGAGCCCGAGCUCCCCAGGACCUCAAAGGACCAUGGCCUGACCACUUGCCCUGGAGCUCAGAGGAGGCAAUCACCCACUGGGGACCCCCGCAUCAUCUUCCUGAAGACCUACCAGCAUAGAAGUCCCGUGGGGGACAAGCAGCAGCUGGAAGCAGCUGAUCAGUGGAUCUGGUUUGAAGGGUUGCCCACGCGAAUCCACCUCCCAGGGCCCCGGGUGAUGUGCAGACCAUCUGCCUUGCGCUGGGUCAAGCGCUGCUGUACCCGCUUCUGCUCUGCAUCACUUGAGCUACCCAUGUGCCAUCUAUACAAAGUGUGA